CUUUUGGACCACCAUCCGCGCUUCACGUCGCAAGCGCAAUCUCUCGACGUCUACGGACACUAUCCGACCUUGCACACCUCCCUAAGUUUUAGGCUCUCUUAAUAUACCAUUGAUUCACGUUUCUCACCUUCGUCUUGAGGAUGUCUGGGCCGCCAGUGGAUUAUUAUAAGGUGCUGGAGGUAGAUCCAAAAGCUACUCAACAGCAGAUCAGGGAUGCGUACAAGAAGGCAGCCCUAAAACACCACCCUGACCGUGUUCCGCAAGACUCACCCGAGCGGCGCGCCCGCACAAAGAGAUUCCAACAGAUAAACGAUGCCUACUACACUCUCUCAGACCCUACCCGCCGCCGCGAAUAUGAUGCCACCCGCAGCUACCACUCCUUCACGGGCGCCGCCCCCAGCUUCACCGAAGAGGAGUCCACCGAAGGAGAGAUCCCGCGCGCUUCCACAGGCGGUUUCCCUUGGUCCGCCUUCGGUUUCGGCGGCGCGCCCGGCGGCACAACAGAGGAAUCGCACACACGGUUCUCGAACGAGCAAUUUGGCAGCAUGUUUGAAGAAAUGCUACGAGAAGAAGGCAUGGCAGAGGGAGAACGCGCCGUUCCCACUGGUAGAUUCUGGAGUAUAGUGGGCGGACUGAGCGGUGGGGCUAUGGGCUUCAUCGUUGCGAAUUUCCCGGGUAUGGUUGCAGGCGCGGUGGCUGGGAAUCGAUUGGGUGCUGUGAGGGAUGCGAAGGGGAAGAGUGUGUAUCAGGUCUUUCAGGAGUUGCCGCAGGCGGAUAAAGCGAGGCUGUUGAGUGAGCUUGCUGCGAAGGUGUUUUCGAGUGCAGUGGGAUCGUAGCGGGAUGCGUGGUGGCCGAGGAUAUGGGAGCGGGUUCCAGGAAGGUUGGGCUUGUGGUCUUGGAACCAUGCUGGGCUUUUAGCUGGCAUUUUUGGCUUGGAGUUAGGGUCCGGGUUGCCUAGAGCGCGUGGGAAUGAUAAUCCUUUUUUGGUUUCUUUGGGUGGGAAAGAUAUAUGGGCGAUUGGGUCAGGUAGACAUCAAGCGAUACCAAGGCAAGAAAUGACUGACGUAAACGCACUCAGUGUGGUCUGUAAUCAAAUCUUGCAAAUAUCAAAGUGAUAUGCC